AUGAAGGUUAUUUCUUUGGACCAGAGUUAAACAAAAAUAAAAAUUUUAUAGCAAGUCAUUACUAUUCCUGAUGUUCCUUGCUAAAGACAUGCAAAGGAAUAGUUGGUGUCAGUGUGUACUCAAGGGUAAUGUAGAGAAAAAGGUGCAAUAUGCCCAUUAUGUUAAGUGAAUUAUCAUCAUAUGCAUCUGGAGGAUACUUGGAAUCUGAAUUAUUUUGUAUAAUAAAUUCAUAAAUAAAUUGAAAGUCUAUAGCCAGAUUAUAAAGCCAUUAAUGAAUUACUUAUCAGCUUUAAGUUAAAAAUAAGUGAAGUAAACUUUGUAUUAAGAAUUAGUCCAUCAAAUCGUUAAUUUUGUAAUUGGAAAUCAUUGAUAAGCAAGUGAAUAUGAUUCUGCAAAAGUCUAAGCAAAAAAUUGACUUUGACAUAGAUGAAAUAAAAACUACUUUGAAAAAUUUAGGAAAAACUAGUUAAAUUGAUAAUUUUGGAAAAAAAAGUAAGUUAUCUUACACAUUUUAGUUGUUAAAUUAACCUAAUACUUUGGUAUCGAUCCUAAAACUCAUGAAGUUUACAGAACAAAGGAUUAUGAGGAUUUAUAGAUUUAGAAAAUGACAGACUUAAUAGAAGAAAACUAAUAAUACUUUGAAAAAGUGAAGGAAAGAAUAACUAGAUUAUUGACAAAGACUUUAGAUAAAUUUUGUAAUUUUGAGAUACCUUAAAUGGAAAUGGUUGUUUCAAAAUAAUUCGAACCCAAACAAUUGAGAUGUUAAUAAGUUAUACAUAGAGCACAUUAGAAUUGGAUCAGAAGUGUAUCUAUGUUUAAAUUAAGUGAAAGAGAAAUUUAAAAAGUAAAAGAAACAGCAUAAGGACAAUUGUCAGAAUUUGACCAAUCUUUGCGAUAUGGCUAAAUGGCCAUUGUAACCACUAGUGAUGAUAUGGACAUAAAGGUUUGGCUGGAUUCACCUGAUGAUCAUAAAUUUCAUUUGUUAUCGACUAUAACUGGGGCACAUUAAAGGGAAUUCUUUGGACUUAGAAUUCAUUAUUGCGAUAUUAAUUUAAUUACUAGGUUGAGCAAUGAAAUUUCAUGUAAUAAUUUGAUUUUCAGUGCACAACAUGGUUUAAUUAAAGUUUGGGAUUGGAUUAGCAAAAAAUGUGUUAAUGAAAUAAAGACUCAAUCAUUUUUUACUUAUGAUUUUGAAAUUGUCAAGAUGAAAGAUCUUGGAAUUUGUUUUGCUCAUGGAUCUAAAAAUUCUAUUUAAAUUGUUGAUUUCACUAGUCCAUUUGGAAUGCUUAUGAUAUAAGAAAUUAAUCCAGAUGAAUAAAACAAAGAUAUAAGUACUUUCAGGAAGAUAUCCCAAGUAAAGGAAAAAUUUGAUUAUCUGGCAGUUGGAUUUAUCAAUGGGGUUAUUAAAGUUUUUAAAAAUGAUGGCAAAUUACUCUAUAAAAUAUAGAGAUAAGAUACUGAAUUAGCCUUUUGUGUGGAGUUUUUAAGGAUUGUGUAAAAGAAAACUUAAAAUACUAAAGGUUCUACUGAGCUUUUAGUUAUUGGGUCUGAUUCUGGAUAAAGUACGCUUCAAUAUUAUAAAAGUUAGUGCUUAUGACAUUUAAACCGGAAAAUCUGUUUGGGUUAACAGAAAUUCCCAUACAAGUUUUGUAAGAGGUUUGACUUCCAUUAUAGUUAAAGAUAGUUCUUCUACUAAGACUAUUUUGCUAAGUCAAUCAGAAAAAGAAGGAAGCAUCAACAUAUUAGACGGGUAAUGUUAAAAUUAAACGUAAAUUUAGAGCUAAUGGAUAGUUAUUACAUUCGAUGCAGGAUGCUCUAGAUUCAGGCCUCAGAUUUAGAGGCUUAAGCUCGUAUUAAGGAGUGCUUGAUCCUAUAACUCCUGAUUCUUCAAUUAUUGUUGCAGGAACUUGUAAAGGAACACUACAUAUUUUCACUUUUUAAGAAUAAAAAUAAACUUGA